AUGACUCCAUGUAAGCUGGGGAGACAACUAGACUCUCUUACUUGUGCCACCGACACAUAUUCAGCAUUCGACAUUCAUUUUAGUUAUGUAGCUAUCUAUUACAUCUCUCAACCAAGCUGGACUGUUCUUCUGCGGAUGCUUCCAAACUAUCACCGUCAUGUGCGGAUGUAUGAGAAUACACUCAUAACUAAAUUCUUUGGUCUUCACAGGAUAAAACCUUCAAGUGGUCAGAAGGUAAUGAGACGUGAACUUAUGACCUUAUACCAAUCAAUUUUUCUUUUGUAUUAUAAUAAUCAGUCCCCUCUUCUUUCAUGUGGAACACUGGAAAUUUGUUUUCGUUUCGUAGUAAUGGGAAAUGUGUUCUGCACCGAAUUAAGGAUCCAUCGAAGAUUUGAUUUGAAAGGCUCCUCUUUAGGGCGUUCUGCAAACAAGGUUGAAAUAGAUGAGAACACAAUACUCAAAGAUCUGGAUCUAAACUAUUGCUUUUAUUUGGAACCUUCCUGGCGCGAAGCCCUAUUAAAACAGAUCGAAAUUGAUAGUAAAUUUUUAGAAGCUCAGCACAUCAUGGAUUACAGCCUUUUGCUGGGUGUUCAUUAUCGAGCUCCUCAACAGCUGCGAUCUCUCAUGCCUUACAAUAGACAUUCCACAGCAGAUGGAUUAGGAAUUCUGCGAUCUCUCAUGUCUUACAAUAGACAUUCCACAGCAGAUGGAUUAGGAAUUGUUGCAGAAGAAGGUCAGCUUCAAUAUCCAACUACUAUUUCAUUGUUGAUUCAAUCUCUGGACGAUGAAAUCUCUCCAGAAGGCCUUGUCUUGGUACCUCGCGGUGCUGAUGACAAUAGUGUUGUUGUGGGCUCCCAUAUCAGAGGUAGCCGAUUGCGAACAUCGUCUGCCACUGGUGAUGAGGAAGUGGAUCUACUUCUUCCUGGGACAGCAAGGCUCCAGAUCCAGCUUGGAGUGAACAUGCCAGCAAGAGCCGAGCUUAUUCCUGGGCAAGAAAAAACACAAAUGUUUCAUGAGGUAUAUGAUGUUGUACUGUACGUGGGUAUCAUCGACAUAUUGCAAGACUACAACAUAAGUAAGAAGAUUGAACACGCAUACAAAUCUAUUCAGUUUGAUUCUCUGUCCAUCUCUGCUGUGGACCCAACAUUCUACUCCAACCGCUUUUUAGAAUUUAUUCGGAAGGUGUUUCCUUCGUCCGUUGUAGCAAGUUAA